CAUUCCAGUUUCACAGCCUGCUGGUGAAACAGCAGCGGACUGAAUCUUCGAUCUUCUUCUUGUGUACCUGACUACUACAAGCAACACCGAACCAACGAAGAUGAGGUUCCGGCUCAGUGUCCUGCUUCUGCUGCUCAAUCUUGGCUGUCUGACUUUGGCUUUGGCCAGCAGCAGACUUUCGUGCGGCGAUACUUCUGGUAGGUCCACCUGUAGUGACCGUCGAUGGGAUGUCCGCCAGGAUGACUACGAUGAGCAUAUGGUCUACAGACAAGCCACUGGAGAGACUCAAAGUAGAGUAUCCCCGGCGUCAGUUGCCCGCGAUGAUCGUAGAAAUGAUAGGCGCGAGGAAACGAGGGUCAGGCUGGACUCAUCCCUGCGGGUGGAGCCCCGUGAAGCUCGUGAAGAGCGAUUUGAGCGACGUGAAACUAGGGAGGAACGAGUAGAGCGACGUGAGUCUCGAGAAGCUCGAGUGGAACGACGUGAAGCUCGUGAGGAUAGACUCGUAGAUCGCGAAGUUCGAGAAGACCGACGGGAACCUCGUGAAUCUCAUGUGGAACUGGUAGUACGACGCGAAGAACGUGAAUUGAACAGGAGUCAGGGUGAAACUCGACAGGGAGCUGCCGAAGAGAGGCGCGACGACCGCCGUGUAGAACGUGAAAUGUCAAGACGUGAGGACCGCGAGAAUCGUCGUGAUGACAGAGCUAACAUAGAAAGGCGUAACCCAGUAGAGCGAGUAGAUCGAGAAUCGGAGCGACGCUACGAGCGAAACAACCUUCGACGAACAGAGCGAGAAGUCCGUGACCGAGAACAACCGGAAGAUCGACGAAUCGAACGAGACUCUUCCAGACGCGAAGAGCGAGAAAGCAGAGUGCGAUUCGUUGUCGAACGAGUAAAUGAAGUCAACGCUAUGCAGGACAACUCUCGACGAAGUGAGGAGCGUAGGGAAGAGCGGCAACAAGAAAGUCGGGAAGAACGAGACUUAACUAGGCGUGAGGUGCGAGAGGAAAACCACUUGGAGGAAAGUCUCGAGAAGCACAGCCAACGACGAGAUAAUUCAGAAGUCCUUCGGCGAGAGGACCGUGAAUCAUCUCGCCGAAUGGAACGCAAUGACUUGCGUCGAGCAGAGCGAGAGCAACUUCGUCGAGAGAAUGUUCGUGGUGUGGAACGAAGGGAGAAAGCUGAAGGAGCUGAAUCAAGGCGAUUGGAGAGACGCAGCGAUGAACGCAGACACGAACGCGAUGGAGCUCAAAGGAAAGAACGCAGAGAGGAGCGUAACGAAAGGGAAGUGCUCUCAAGAGCCGAACGCAUCUCAGCUAGACGAGAUCAUCGUGAAGCUCGUGAUGGACGACAAGAACAACGAGUGGAGCGGGAUAAUUUAAGAAGAGAAGACCGCGAACAGUCUCGACGAGUUGAACGAAGGGUAGUCCAAAAAGUAGAACGCGAAGACCUCCGACGAAAUGUCCGUCGAGAGGAGCGGGACGAUACUCGACGGGUUGAGCGAAAUAAUAUUCGAGGGGAAGAACGAGAAAAUUUCGAACGAAUGGAACGAGAAGAUAGUCGUCGUGUGGAGCGCGAUAUCCAGCGAAGAGAAGUACGAGAUGUCGAAAGAAAAGCUCAACCAGAAAAAGACUGUCGGAUCGAGCGUGUAGACCUACAGAGACUCGAAGUAGUAUCUCAACGACGUGAGUCACUACGAAACAUGCAACGAGCAGAACGCGAGCUUUCUCGAGGAGAAAGGAUUCGUGAGCCCUUCGAGGAGCGUGUACUUCUCGCCUCCCAGAUGAAAUCCAAGGGCUGGCUGAGCUACGGAAAACGUGAACUGUUGAUGACCGGACAGAUCCUUCUUCUGGCCGCCCUCUACAAGAAGUCAACCGCCAGUGGCAAGGGUCUUGGCCAUGCUUUGAAUGAACACAUUCAGGGCUACCUGCAUGCCAUUGGCUGUUAAGUUGCACAAUGCAAAUCUAUCCCCUUCCCCGAAAUGAAAGCCCCCUGAUGAGUAAAUGGAUAUAGAUCAAGGCAAAAUGGCAUUACUAUUCCCGGAAAAUGCAAACGGACCCGAAAGCAAGCGACGAGCAGAAGGAUGGGACAAAAUGCUCCGCCGGAGCAUUGUACAAUUUAAUCCAACUGUUACUGUAACCAAAACCCCACUGUUAUAGCCAACAAAAGCAUAACGAAAAUAUAUGAUAGGAUGCUCGAGUAGCCAAGCAUCUGCAAACUGCAUAGCAA